AUUAUGUCGCUUUUAUUGUUUACUCAAAGUUUUUUUUGUUAAAUUUUGUGUAAAAUUUUUUUGAAAAAUCCUCUUUACUAUUUAAAAAAACCUGCGAAAACAAAGUGUUUUUUGGAUUUUGUCAAGUGUAAAGGAAAAGUUUUUUGUGAAACGCAGAAAAAGCGCGAAUAAUAAAGUGUGAAAAACUAGUGGAGGGUAAAAAAAAAAGUUGGCGAAAAAACAAAAACGAAAAAAAUAAACUAAAAAAGCUGCGAUUGAUACAACAUCGCAAAUCCACCACUACAGAUGUCCACUGGAGUGGGAGGUGGAGGGAGCAUAACGACAGAUCAUCAUAGCCGCUUGUAUUUCCUCAACUCACCCACGGCCCCACUGUCCGCACGCGACCCCUUCUUAAUCAAACCGGAAUACCUCAAUUAUGAUAAUCCCAUGCAUCACCUCUACCCAACUAAUCGGGGACUCAUAGACUAUAACAAUUAUACGGUAACAGCAGCGGCCGCAGCCGUAACAGCAGCAGCCGCCUCCUCCGCCUCAGCUGCAGCAGCCGCCAACAAUACUUCUGCCUCUUCAGCCGCCUCCACGUCCAACAAUAACGCUAAUAAUACUAACGCUGCCAACGCCGCCGUCGUUGCCGCCAAUUCAUCGGUUGUUGCCGCUGUAGCCCUAAAUUUAGAAAACACCUUUCACCAUCAGGUCCAGCACCAACAGCAACAACAACAACAGUCCGCCAGCAAUCCCAUCACAACAAACUCCCAUCCGUUGCAUCAGUCACUCAGCACCACCUCCUCGCAGUCUACACGCGCCCAAAAAGCCGCCCGACGCCGUAGUAACGAAUCCCCCGAGGCCCGCCAGCGAAGAUUGGAGCGCAACGCUGCAAGAAUGCGCGAAAAACGGGCCAAAGAAUCGGAAGCCGAGUAUCGUAUGCGGCUGGCGAAAAAUGCCGAAGCGAAUCGUGUACGCCGCCAGAACGAAAACGAAGUACAAAGAACCUUAAGACUGAUGAAAAAUGCGGCACGCCAGCGAUUGCGGCGUGCCAGUGAAACUGCAGAUGAACGUAAAAAACGUUUGGCCAAGGCAGCUGAGCGUAUGCGAAUAGCGCGUGCCAAACAACCCAAAAUACCUAAGCCACCGUUAGAGGAUCGUCUCAAGGGCUACUAAAAGAAA